AGAAAAAACGCUCUGGGGGAAGCGGGAGAACCUGUUGCGCUUUUGAUUUCACCUGUGCGCAUGGAAAGUUGACUUUACGCGUUGAGCUGCUUUAUAGCUGAAUUUUGCACUUAUGCGUGAUGGGUGUUUUAAAUGCAAAUAAGUAGUUAAACUUACGUGGUACUUGCAUUUGAAUAGAUUUCCAGACUGGGUCUGUAAAAGCGGUUUUACUGUCACAUGACAAUGGUUUUAUAACAGCUCAGGGGCUGACAGAUCAACGCGAGCCUCAUUGUUGGGUUGUUGCCUUUUCCUUUUAUUCCACCUGGUGCUUAUUUGCUACCAAGUAGGCUACUUAUCUUCUCUGCAUGUAGACCUAACUCUGGAUAAGCUCACGCCUAUAGUGCGCGCAGUUUUUGUGGUCCAGUGCCCACUGGACGCCCUGAGAUGUCACUGGAGUUGCUUCUCCAUCUCUGCAAAUCACUCAUGAUCGAUUCAUUAGCUACACACUCAGAUAAGCCUAUAAUAAGAGACGCACUGCGCGUAGUAUACAAUUGCAGGACCAGUCACUUUGGUUUAGUGUCAUUCACUCACUGCUGCUGUGCGGACCACUGAGAGAUGAUGAUGAUGAUCGUGACUUCUCUACGGUACAAGGGAGGCGCUACGGGGGCCCUCGACGCCCAGAUCUGUGGGACACGCAACACCAGCCUCCCUGGUUUAGCCUCCUAUUUCACCAGCGGGAUGCGCAAGUCCCCCGACGUGAGCCCCAGAAGGCUUUCGGACAUCAGCCCUCAGCUCAGACAGCUCAAGUACCUGGUGGUGGACGAGGCCAUCAAGGAGGACCUCAAGUCCUCGCGCUCAGUGGAGGACAUCAACAGCGCGUCCAUAGAGGAGCGGAUAUUGCGGAUCACCGGCUACUAUGGAUACCAGCCGUGGAGUACGAGCUACAAGAGAGAAGACCGGACCAGAGAGAAUGUGGUGGGCUCCACAGACGCACAGUCGGCCAGUGCAGCUGGCGGAGAGUCCGGCACCAGCAGGCGGAGGCUACACUGUUGCGUCAGAGUAACAGCCGUGCAGGUGCGGAAGGCCCUGUGGGGGGUCGCCAUGGUGAUGUGCGUGUGCUCGUCCUGGGCGGGUUCCACCCAGCUGGCCAAGCUGACCUUUAAGCAGUUUGAUGCCCCCUUCACGCUCACCUGGUUCGCCACCACCUGGAACUGCCUCUUCUUCCCAGUCUACUACGUCGGCCAUUUGUGCAAGAGUCCUGAGAGGCAGACGCCCAGGCAGAGAUUGAGGGAGUGCUGCAGGUUUUUUGGGGACGAGGGCCUGACCCCCAAGGUGUUCUUCACCAAGGUCGCUCCCUUCGGCCUGCUGUGGAUCCUCACCAACUACCUGUACCUGCAGGCCCUCAGGAAGAUUAACACAACAGAUGUUUCAGCGCUUUUCUGCUGUAACAAAGCCUUCGUCUUUCUGCUGUCCUGGAUUGUACUCAGAGACCGCUUCAUGGGGGUCAGGAUAGUAGCAGCUAUCUUGGCCAUAGCAGGCAUCGUCAUGAUGACCUACGCUGAUGGGUUUCACAGCCACUCAGUCAUCGGCAUCACUCUGGUCGUGGCAUCUGCUUCAAUGUCAGCGCUCUACAAGGUACUCUUCAAGAUGGUCCUGGGUAGUGCCAAAUUUGGAGAGGCUGCACUCUUCCUGAGCAUUGUCGGAAGCGCCAACUUUGUUUUCAUCAGCUUUGUGCCAGUAAUCCUGUAUUUUACUCAUGUGGAGUACACUGGCUCACCUGCAGAUAUCCCCUGGGCCUACCUCUGCGGAGUAGCAGCCUUGCUUUUUGCUUUCAACAUCCUAGUGAACUUCGGCAUUGCGAUAACAUACCCAACAUUAAUUUCCCUCGGCAUUGUCCUAAGUGUCCCUGUGAAUGCCAUGGUUGACCUCUACACCUGUGACAUCAAUUUCAACACGGUGCGCCUGAUUGCUGUGUUCAUCAUCUGCCUGGGAUUCCUCAUGCUGCUGCUGCCAGAGGACUGGGACCAGUGUAUCAUCCGGCUCACUACAAAGCUGCGUAAACGGGACGAACCGGCAGAAGUUGCCGGGGAGACGGGCGCCAACGCAGGCCUCAACUGGAGAGGGAGAGGCAGGAGCUCCCUGUCAACAUACGCACGUUGACUCCAUUAUAACUAAACGGGGAACAUUAACACAUCUGAUCUGGCUAGUGGCCUACAUUGUGUUUCGCGAAGCUACCAUAGGUUUGGACUGUGCUGUGAUCAGACAAUUCAACAAAGGGAGAGAGAUACCAGAGCCUCAGAAUCCAUAGGAAUUAAAAAAAUUUUUCGGUUUUUUUUUUUUUUUUUGUUUUUUUUUUUUUUUACUUAAAAACGGUAUCAACUAUGACUAAAGUCUCACUGUUGCGGAACCUUUAAAUUCUUCUAAUUAUUCAUCAUAUCCUUAAAAAAGACUUGCCAGCUUGCCUGAUCAAUUCCAGUAACAAAAA